UGAUGAUAAAUCAAAACAACAUUUUCCUUCGCAGAGCUAAAGUCUGAUACAUUGGAUGAGUAAAUUGUGACACCAGAAAUGUAACUUCAUCACUUACACAAACAAGAUGGCUGAGAGCUUUAAUGAGCAUAUGGAGAGUCUGAUCAGAGACAAACUAAACCAUGAGAAAAUCAAGCUAUGGCUUCCACCGUAUACUACUGAACUGGGAGAAAAGGGGGAAAUACCAAAGGAAAUGGUUGAGAGAUUUUCUACUGAUCUUGGUCUCUGUGAAGAUGUCAUACUGACUGUUUGUGAGCAUUUGCGUUGUCAUGCAUUAGAGAAGUUGGCAGCCAGGAAGAAGUUUCAACAAUCUGGAAUAGCUUCAUUGAAGAUCAAACUGAGUGGUAAAUUACCUGAUGAGAUGACAAAAUGCCAGAAGCUGCUUUCACUUGAAGUUGGCUUACAGCAGCAUGGUCAAGUGCUGAAGAAUGAAAUCUCCAAACACUCCGGGUUAGAUCCACACAGGUUGAAGAUAAUCUCAGGAGGCAGAGUGAUAGAAGAUGAUCAAUCCCUCCUUGAACAGAAUGUAAAGCACGGAAGUCAGGUGAUGGCAAUAUGUUUGUCUGAGACAGAAACAGAAGCUAGACUACAACAACAACAGAUGGAUAAGUUUAAUCAGACAAAACAAGCUGCUGAACUUCUUGCAGGAACAACACAGAGCAGUGAUGGGGAUGAUUAUUAUCUUCAAAUAGCUGACCAAUCAGGCAAAUCCCUCAAUUUGCCAAAAGAAGAGAGACAGGCAUUAACUCUGGCUAUGACUUUACAUGAAAAAGGCAGAGCAGCCUUGAAGAAAAAGGAAUAUGCUGAGGCACUGCUGCUAUUGCUGGAAGCAGACAAACAGUUCAGUAAAUGCAGGGCAGACAUCUUGAAUGCAGUUGACAACUAUGCCAUUGUUUGUCUGGACAUUGUCUGGUGUUACUUGUGCCUUAAGAACAUUAGGGAACUACCUAAUGCAGAGUCCAGGUUGAGGUCUUGUGAAGAGUGUUUUCACAGGAGCUAUGGGCAGAACCUUGAGAGGCUCACAAUGGUGAAGGGUGGCACUGGGGUUGAACUCGCCCUAUUUGUAAGGCUUCACCUACUACAAGCUAUACUAGCCUUCCACCAGAAUAGAAUGAAUGACUCAAGAAACCUGCUGGAGAAGGCUGAAUUGGAACUUGGAAAAUUGCACAUUGACAGUGAUAAAAUGACAGAGUUGAUGACCAUGGGAUUUACUCAACAUGAAGCUCGUCUUGGUCUGAGAGCUUGUCAGAAUAAUGUCACUAGAGCUGUGGCCCAUAUCACGCAGAAAAAGCAGGAGAAAAGGGAAAUUCGAGAAAAGGAAAAAGAGGAAAGAAAGCAGAACAAACUCGCAAAGAGGUUUGGAAAAACUGCAGCUGGUCAAAUGAUAGAUAUGACCAAAUAUGAUCAAUUAGUUUCCAUGGGGUUUCCAAAGGGAGCAUGCUCAGAGGCUUUAAAGCAAUCAAACAACAACUUGGACCUGGCCCUUCAGGUGUUAGAAGAGCAUCCUGAAUAUCUAAGUCUACCAGACCCUCCUGUUGAAAAGAUUGCCAUACCAGAUGAAAUGAUUGCUCAGGUGGUUUCAAUGGGAUUUGAUCCACAAGUAGCCCGCACAGCUCUAGAACGUUUUGGCCUAAAUGUGACAAGUGCUCUGGAUGAGCUCAUAAAAUAUGGUGGUGUUUUACCAGAAAACCUCCAUUCACCUAGUACAAGAAGACCCCACUCUGGUUCUUCCUCACAAAAAACUGCUGAGCAAAUACAGCGUGAGAAGGAAGCGAUGGAGAGGAUUUCUGAUGAUAUCCCAGAUGAAGAAGAUGAUUACUUGGAUUUAACUUUAGAGGAGGAGAAAGAGUUCCUAGCUGAAUAUAAAGCUCUGGUGGAGUCUUCCACUACUCUCAGCUCCACAUACAAGGAUGGGGUUGAUCUGCAGGGAACCUUUAAGAAAUUAGGAUGGGGUGGAUCUGCAGGGAACCUUUAA